AUUAGCGAAGAUGGAGAUCUUGGAGCAUCAAGGCCAUUGACCAUUCUUGUCGGAAAUGGACCGCCUAUCAUUGAUAGUGAAUCAGAGGAAGAGCAGGAGCUAUUGUGCAUACAAGACCCGAAGGCUUCAAAAAUUGAGGACAGUGCACUUCCAGCAGUAUCUGCGUCUCUGUUAUCCGCCACUGGAGAGGUGGAAGAUGUUCAACCCUCGCCGCGGUCAAGACUGCUGGCGGAUCUCAGGAUUGGAAAGGAAGAGGAAGUUCGAUUGCGGAAAGCUUAUGAGGCGGAAGUGUUGCGUGGUGCAGACCUGAGGGCUGCUUUGGAAAUCCAGGAGAAACACCAUGCAGAUUUGGUUGCAUGGCGUGCAGAACAGCAACUUGCUGAGCAGGGUCUUGUGAACCUCAUGCUGCAGCAUGAUCGUUGCACGAUGAGCUUUGAAGACGAGAUGAUGUCGGGACGAAGACUUCUUGAAUUUCAAGAAGAAGAGACUGAGUCCUUAAGCCGUCAAGCAGUUGCUGACCAAAAGGAAUCUUCUCACCUGCGCAUGGGGGGCCCUGUGGCCAACUCCGAGUUGGAGGAGUCUCUUCGAAGUGCUGAUAGGGAAGCUAGCGAGCUUUCACAGGAUGUGCAGAGACGAGAGCAGGCGAUAGCCGAUCUCAGCCAAGACUUGAGAAGCGUUCUGGAGUACAUGAUCACAGUGAACAUCCGGGCAGCCCGGGCAGCUGGUGGGAUCGGUGGGAUCGACAGUCUCACUGAGGAGGAGUUUCUACCAAAUGGUGUCCGAGCACAUUUAGGCUUGGGCAGGUAUGGGGAGGAACACCUCGACUUUCUCUUCAGGAAGUACAAGCUCCAGAUUGCUCGGAAAGCAGACGAUCUAAUCGAUCUAGAUGCUUCUGGGGCCAAGUCCUCGCUGGAGCGGCUGGAUGGCCGCGAUCCUGAAGCCUGUUUGCAAGAAGAGAGGCAGGGGAAAGAGGGUCCUUUGGUGGUCGCAGAGUGGGAGGAUUUGGACGAUAUGUCCACUUCGCUGCUCCAAGGAUCGAUCGAAUCGUCCCUUGGUACACAGGCAGAUCCACCACCUCUUCCGAUUUCAGAUUUGAGAAGCGUGAUCGAUGGAUCGACUUCUAGCCUUGAAGAAGAAGGCCGGCUUCUGCAAGAAGCCUUGUCAGUGGAGCUGAAUCGGUUUACGCAGGUCAAUGGAAGCCUUCCCAUGUAUGCACAAAGGAGCUAUGUCAUUGCACGUGAUGCCGAGUCAAUCUCUCACAAAGGUCCUGCUUGGGAUUUGCUGAUAGCAGUGACUCAAGGCAACGUUGCAGCUGUGAAGUCGUUGCUUCCAGUACAGGCAACGAGCAGAACAAAACGACGUGCAGUUUGGCAGCAGGCUGUUGAGAAAAUGGGCUGGACACCACUUCACCUGGCAGCUGUGAAUGGAGAUAGUGACCUCAUAGAGUGCUUAAAGGAGGACAUGGUAGACCGCUUCCAGCAUCACAGAGCUGCACUUGGAACUGCUACUUCUGGCACUGGUCUGACACCGUUAGGUGUCGCUUGCUUGGCUGGACACGUCGAGGCAGCUCGACAAUUGCUUCAGGGCAUGGCUUCGGUGGAUGCCAGAGAUGCUCGUGGGAACACUGCAUUGCAUUGGGCGCAGAUGGGCGGUGUGGAGCAGGAACUGAUGCCACUGCUCCUUGCUGCAAAGGCCGAUCCUGAGGUGUGCAACCGCAGUGGCCAAAGACCAACGGUCAGGAUGCUGAUGCAGGUGGCACCACUUGCUCAGCAAGAGACCAAUGCGUCUGGUGACGUACAUUUGAUCCGCGCAUUGGCAUUGGAACCAGAAGUGAAUCUCUCUUUCUUGUCUUACACGCUCAACAUGCUCAAGACGCCGGUGCGAGAUAGUCUUGGCUUCUCGAAGAAUUCGCACGCAAAGAAGCAGGCACAGCUAAGUGCAGAGGAGGAGGUCAGUGGAGCCUGGUCAGUGUGCAUCACCAACUACACUCACGCUGGUUUGUGCUCAACCCUUGAGACAUCAGGUGUCUACUCUGAUCCAGCAAACUGGAUUCGAAGCAGACAAGCUUUGGUCCUUACCUGUGAACGGCUCCUUUUGUUCAAUGCUUCCAGCUGGACCUUGGAGCAAGUGCUGGCCCUCUCGGAACUGGCAGAACUUGUCCUAUCUUCACACUGCUCCACAGUGGUGGUUCUUCGAAUGCAUCGGGUAUCAGACCUUGUGCUUGAUGUGCCAGCAUCUGCCCGCACGCGAUUCAUCGAGGAACUGCAAUUUGCAACCAACGCAGUGAAUGAGAGGUGGGGCGGUUCAGAUUUCAGCGGAGGCUUGCGCAUCCAUCAGGAAGGCGAAUCCAUUACCGACCUUUUUGAUCAGAAUCGGAAGAAGGUCGGCCUUCUUGCGUGGAUUGAGGCAAACGUCUUCCUCUUUUUGCCGUAUGUGCCUACAGCAGUUUUGCUGGCGGGAGACCUGUUCUUCUUUGGCCAGAUGGACCUACGGCAGCACAUCCGAGGCAACGACUGGGGCUGGCGCUCAUACUAUUUCGCUCUGAAGAGUGGACCUGUUAGAAAAUUGGUAUGGUGCAAGCGACCAACAGAUGAACUUUGUGCUGGAGCUGUUCAUGUGAGAGACAUCACCACCGUGCAGCCACUGGAUACGCCAGGUGGAGAGGUGUGCAUCCUUGUGGAGUACAACUCGAAAGACCGAGAUGAGCUACUUACACUCAGAACUGCAUCAUUGAAGAGCCGUGAGGACUGGAUCGUGUCCAUCAAGACGAUGCAGACUUCGCAAAUCUCGCAGAUAACAUCAGUCUCUGAGCCCCGCUACUGA